UAAAUAGGCUCGGUCACUUCAUUAUCUCAAAAUGUUGUGGACAUGGCAGGCAAGAAGGUCUCGGGAUUAAGACAAAAAGAUGACUCAAGGACAAGUUUCAAAAUUGGAUCAUCUUAUCACAGAGGAAGCAUCAUUGGAGCCAGUAUUGAACCUGGGAAAGAAUAUUUAGCAUCUUCUUCCAUUAAACAACUUCGGAAGUCUUAUGGACAUCCAUUUAGAUCAUCAGAAUUGCCAGCAAGUUUAGUUCAGCUUUCUAAAAGUGCAUCAGACACUCAUGAAAGGAAAAAUGGUGAAAACAGCACUUUGGAUAAGCAAAUAUACAAAUCUUUUCCACACAGUAAGAAACAAAAAAUAACAGAAAAGUCACCAGCUACAAUGGUAUUUCAUCAGCAACUGGGCCUAGGCCUUUUACCAGUUCCAAGAACUGAAGCACACCUGGAAUAUUCCUCUGUUUCACUGCUGGGAUUGGAAGUAGCAGCAAGCACAGCUGUAGUUAACACAUGUGGGGAAGCUGUUUCUAAACAAUUUCCUUUAGAAUUAUUCAGACAGGUAGGAAGGGCUAGAAGACAGAGAAAGAGAAGACAUAGGCAACGAAUAAUGAAAGCUGUUGGGGCAAAAUCUAGCAAGGAAGCCAGUCAGCUUCAGGAAACUGAGAAUGCAUCCAGUCAGAGUAAUCCUGAUAAUAGAUCACAGGGUCAGCUCAAGGAAGGACGGCAAACCAAAAAGAAGCAGCCUCUUGUGAUCUCUCCAGAAAAAGGACAAGAAGUUAUUAACAGCAGAGCUGAAGAAUUGCCUAAUAAUUUGUUGAUAAAUGAAGAAUACAGGGAUGUUAAGAACCAAGGAGAAGCCUGUAUAUCAUCACUAGCUAGAUCUUCAUUAAAAGAAACAGCUUCAUUUUCUAAUUCAGAAUUGUCUAAUGAUGAAAACCAGCUUGAUUGUAUUGGAAGCAGCCAUCAGAGUUCACAAAUUUUGCAUAGAAGAGAAACUGGUCCAUUGCACAGUUGCAGGACAGAUUCAACCCAACAUCAGGGAUGUAGAAAACAACUAUUUCAUCAUAAUAGACCCGAGAAUGAUGUAUCUUGCAAGAGCCGGCAGGAAAUUGCUGCUUCCAGCAGAACUGCAGAUAGUGGUAUGACUUUACAAUCACUGGGGUGUGAAAUGUUAGAGAUCCCACUUGCCUCAUUACCAGCAUAUAGGACUGAGAGGGAGAUCAGACUCGAGGGCAACAAAAGACCAAGUGUCAAUUCAUCUUAUGCUAGUGGGCUUGGGCUUGCUAACAAUUAUGGGCAUGCUCACAGAAGACAUAAAAGCAGACAGAAUAAGAAGAAUAGGUUCACCACAUUAUACCAUGGUAAACAUAGAGGAGUUGCUGUUGAUAGGCAGAAUAUAAAACACCACUCAGAGCCAUGCAGAACAUGACAAAGGUCAGGAUAGAGGCGAAGGAGCUGGACAGAGAGAGAAACACAGUAAAAACCACAGAAGCAAAAACCCUCUUACAUAAUAGAGAGGAGAGAGAGGUUUUCUAGAGAUUUUAAGAACAGUUCCAAGGAAAGAUCUUGUUCCUCAGUGGAGAAAAAACCUCAGAGAUCUGAUGAUGCCUCCCUAGAGAACUUUUCAUCUGUUGAAAGUGAUAGUCAUCAGAACCAGAACAGCAAAGGAGGAAAUAAAUAUUCUACAAUGGAUUCAUUAAGGGAUUCUCAUGACGAGAUAAAAUGUUCAAAAUCAGGACUUUUUAGUAGCAGCAAGGAAUGUCAACAUCUUCACGCUAUCGGUUGUGCAUUGUGCAAACAUGAACAAGGUACUGUUGAUGAAAAUUCCGUAUGUAAACACUUUUCCUCUGAGACAUUGGUAAAGCACAAGCUAUCUUCAGAGCAACAAACAAAAAACAACUUUGGCUUACCUGAUAUUAUUUAUGAAGAUAUUUCAGAUGGAGAGGUUCAGCCAGAUGUAGAAUCUUUCAAGGAAACUGUGUGUAGUUUUAAUUGUAACAGCAAACCAACCAAAAGAAGUCAGUUGGAAAGGUCGCACAGUAAUUCUUUUGAAGUUCAGACUUUGUCCAAGUUAUCUUUAGAGCAACAAACAGAAGACAGUCAUGGCUUAUUUGGUACUGUUUAUGAAGAUCUUUCAGAUGAAGAAAUUCAGCUAGCUGAAGAAUCUGCAAUGUACAGAGAAGUUCACAUAUGUGCAGGUCAUUCAGAAUUAAAGAUAGAAAACCACAAAGUUUUAAGUAAUAACACUAUAUAUGAAAAUGUUUCAGAUGAUGAAAUUCAACCAAAUGGGAAAUAUUUAUUAUGCAGAGAUUACUCUUGUGCAGGUAACUCUGAGUUAAAGGCAGAAAACCGCCAGGGCUUGAGCAAUAACACCAUAUAUGAAAAUGUUUCAGAUGAGGAAAUUCAGCCAGAGAAGAACACUACAAAGCUGCUAGGUGACACAGAGCAAUCUGCACCUUGGCUAUUUUCUGUGCCACCACAACACGGGGAAAAAGGAGGAACCGUCAGGGUGGCUGCUAAAAAUAGUGAAUGUCUUCAGAUGGAGUCUUCACCUAUUCCUACUGUUAUCAGUGUACGCUCAGAUAGUGUGCCAAGCAAGCGUGUUGUUGAAAGAACUCUGACUGUUCCUCUUUUGAGUUGGAAAGAAGUUAGUUUUGACCUAAGACAGAGGGAUUCACUGAACUCUAUCAGUGGCAAAAAUGAGACAGAGCAUAAAAAAAUGGUAAAUCCGGUGAAAGACCAAGUUUAUGGAUCAGAUGCAAGAUCUGGUAUAAGCAGUUUGGAAGAAGCAACUGGCAAUGCUGAUGGCUCUCUACACACAAGGUCCACACAAAGAGUAACGCCUCAUGGACAGUCAUCUGUACAAGAAACUGAGAAUGCAUUCAGUUGUAAUAAUCCUGAUAACAGAUCACAUGGUCAUCGUGAAGAAGGAUGGCAAACCAAAGACAAGCAGCCUUUUUUGAUCUCUCCAGAAAAACUCCAAGCAUUUCGGAAUGCCUUAAAGGGGUCUGAGAAAUUCAGACCUAAAUGGCCUCAAUCUGACACUGAUUUAUCUCAUGACGAUGAAGAAAAGAUGAGAGAACCAGAUAUAGUGAAGGAAAGAAGGCUAAUUUCACAUACUGGGCAAGAACAAGGGCACUUGGCAAUAACUGAGCAUAAUGUAGAGGUUGAGAUGGAAGAACUUGAAGAAUCUGAAGUCUUCCAGAUGGACAUUGAUGCUGAGAAUCGGUAUACACCCCCAGGUAGUGUUGUUCACACCAACAUCCCAGAAUUUUCUGUUCCUGGUGAGCCGUGUGGCAAUCAAAACUUGGUGACUCCAGCAAAGCACUUUGAGCAUUCUGCUACAGCAGCGGGAAUGAGACAGGUUUUAACAAAUAUGCAGGACAGAUGUUCCACAAGUAUGAAGUCAGUUUACUUGGAAACAUGUGAUGAGUUCAGUCAUCAUACAAGAAGACAGGGAUCCUCAGAAAGCAGCUCCUCAUCGCCUCCUGUCCUAGAACCCAUCUAUGGCAAGGAAUCAAAACAGCCUGAGCUUGUAAAACUUCACCAGAUGGGCACCCAGAAUACUACCAUUACUUUAAGUAAAGAAGCAUCCAGCUUAAGUGUACUUCCUAGGCAAGGCAACAGAAGAUUUUCUAAAAGCUCAGAGGAAGCUGUUUGCCAUUCGAACAGUCUGGACUCCAGUAGACAUCAGGAUCAACAUGAUACUUUGGAUGCCACUGCCCAGAACUCCAGAAAUACACAAGAGCCUGUUUCUGCAAAGCUGAAAGAGAAAUCGGUUACAGCCUUACCUCAUCCUUUUGAUGCAAGCAAGCAUUGUGCUGACCAUGAAAGGGUUGACUUCUUUGACGACAUUUACAAUGGUGCUGUGAUUCCAUCGUUUAGCAGUGAUUCCUCUGAUGAUGAAUUGAGUGAAGGGCUAGAUUCACCUUUAAAAUUUUCUGCAGCUCAUCAUUCAUCACCUUCAUCACGAUGUGAUUCACUUAGCUUGCAGCAUAACAGUAACUUGGUGGAUGAGGCCACACCUGAUACAUCCAUUCACUCCUUCAGUACAGCACAGCCUGCAGCUCAGUAUUCUUUGGAUUACCUGCUCAUGGAGACCAAAAAAAAUGAGGCAGUCAACAAAGAGAUUCAGACCCUGCAAGAAAAACUUCAGAGAGGAAUCUUGCUUGGAGGCUUUGAGGCUGUAGGCGAGAAUGAAUGCAACUCUGAUGAUGAUGGUCUUUCAGCAGAACAUCGAGAAGCACUUGAAAAAUUAAAGCUCAACUAUAGCCACAUUCCAGAAGUACACCCUGGUGAAGUAGUUUUGCUAGCUACAGGCUGUGGCAGAAUAUUUAACGAAGCACUGUCACCUCUCAGGUGUGGAUUUUCACCUUCAAACAACAGCAGUCUGGAAAAAGAGAUUGCCAACAUCCAGCCAGCAUAUGUGUCUGAUCUGAUUUGCUCAGGAGUUAUAUCCAUGACCUCCUUAUCCUGCAAGGAGUCCUUAAUGCGGUGGAUGUUCUUUCUGUCUUCGGUGCAUAGUAAUGGGAUCAUUGCACUGAAGUGUGUUGAGGAGAUAGCUGAAAUGAUACAAUGGCAUAUGGAAACAAAUAGACCAGAAUGUAACACUUGGUCUCCAGAAAUUUCUGACAUCCUGCGUAUUUUUGUCAACUGGGGAGCCAAGCCAGAGAAAGUCAUAUUUGAUCAGAGUGUUGUAUGUAAUAUAAAUCAGUUGAGUGAGGUGCUGGAUGAAGGACAUUCUGUACCUCAGCCUAAAGUGACCUACAGAAACAUCGAAGCUGUAUUGAGGGUGUUGUCAUCUUGUCUUCAGGCGAGGCCUAGCUACAGUAACGGAGAACUGACACAGCUGUUGCUGAUGUUGUGCAAGCUGGCUUUGGAUCCGAUGCUUAGCAACCAGAUAUUGCAGUAUGAGAUUCAAGUGUGCUUGUCUUCUGUUAUGAAGUGCUAUAGUCUUAAGCAGUGGCUCACAGCUGUGCCAUCACUGAGCCAUCAGCUAGCCAGACUGACUAGUCACCACCACAACCAUGUAUAUUUGGCACAACACCUAGGUUUCAGUGAGAGGAGUAGGCAGCUGCAGCAACAGAUGGCUUUCCAGCUGCUCAAGGAUGCACUGCCUCUAGGUGAUGGUGGUGAUGUUGAAAAUACUGAGAAAGAAGUCAGAAAAUUUAAGUUGAAAGAUCUGACAGAACUGCUGCCCAGAUGAAGACAUUUAUACAUGGUGACCAUUACCAUCUUUACAGUCUAGUUCAGCUGUUGGACAUGUGUGUGGGUCCUGUCAACCUAAGACUCUCUCAGAGGAAGCAGCUGUGUGAGUUGGCAGAAAAUUUCCAGGGGCUAAUAUCUGAGAUCAAGGAUAAUCUUCGUAUGAUGGAUAUUGCAAAGGUAAAGGACAUGAUGCUUUGCAUGCGCAGCAAGUGGCUUCUUGCACUCAAAUGUGCCAAUGAACGUCAGAGGAGCCUUUUUUCCUGCUGGUCAAAGCCAACAAAAAUGAAUGUGGAAAGAGUUGAAGCCUCAGUGUCUCAUGAUGAAUCAGAUGAAGAUGUGAAGGAGGAGCAGAAUGUUAAGAAACUAGAAAGCACAAAAAGGAAUGUGGAAAUGAACUUGGAUUCAUCGUCAGGAGAUGGUUCAGAUCUCACAGUGGGUUCUACCACUACUCGCAUAAGACAAAAGGAUUGUGUAAACAGCAGAGUAGAAAUGAACUGGAGUUCUGAGUGUGGGAUUGACAGUUCUAUGGAAAGAGGCUCUGAAAAGUAUCUUGUUUAUCAUGAGAAUGGCGGUGAUGAUGAUGAUGAUGACAGUUUACCUGAACUGAACUAGAAUUAUUUUGUUAAAAGUGCAUUGUGAUUUUCUUUUCUUCCCUUAUAUGAGGCACUGAAUUUUGUCAAAAUUUGUCUUUCAAGCAAUGGUUGUUGAUGAAGGCAGCUAUAACAGUGUCAUCAUUUGAUUAUUAUCCAUUUGUUUUAAUGCCUUCAGCGGAAUCCUCUUAAAGCAGUUUCUAAUGAAAAACAAGUUGUUAUGAGCACAGCUUUUUUGUUUUUUUAAAGCAGCAAAUAUAUAUACAUGUAUUGGCAUCUCAGUUCAAAAUGCAACAUGAUGAAAGAAAAUCGUACAUUUAAAACCCUCAUCAAUAACUUUUUGGUGAAUUUUUCCUUCAUCCUUUAUGUUUUGUGUAAUUUGUUUUGGAAUAUGGAAACUAGGCUCCAAAUUAAUCCUUAUGCCUUGGUCACCGCGGGGCCUAAGAAUGCUCAUAACAAUAGUCCACACAGUGCUAGUCCAUUUGCUGACUCUUUCCUUCGCUUUUUAUUUUUUUCUUCUAUUGACUAGUUUGCCACUCUGCAGAUUCAUUAAACUCAGCUCUUGUUAUCUGA